CGCCACCUCGUCAUGCCAGGCUUUGAGGCGGAGAGCGCCGAGAUCAUGAACUUCCUCGCAAACGAGGUCUCCAAGGACUGCUUCGUCAAUAUAAUGGAGCAGUACCACCCUGACGCCUACGUAGGCAAGCCUAAGAGCCGGUCAAAACGAUCUGCCGCCGACAAAGACGACAGUGCUAGUGAGAGACGGUACGCGGAUAUCAACCGUGCUGUGACCAAGGACGAGAUCUCCAGCGUACGGAAGGCGGCCGAGGCAGCAGGCCUUUGGAGGUUCUGCGACCCCCCAAGACACGACGGCUUCAGCCUCUAAGCGCCCGAAGAUCUUUGGAGCGAACGUUCUAGAGCUUGAUGCAGGGGAUUUUGCCGUUACAGCUCGUUCCCAUUUCAACUCUCAGCACCAACAGUAGAGCCUCGGAACCCGCGGCAAACAUUGUCUUGCCUUUGCACUCGGAACGCCUUACCGGGGAUCCAUGUGGUCCGUGGCGGGGCGUUCAAUGGCGAGGACAAACAAAGGACGAACAGGGGUUGUUGAGGACCAAGCAGUACGCAAAGCUCAUCACAAAACGAAGCAAAGUCCUGUGUAUCAACAGACGCUUCCCAGUUCCCACCCCCGGUACGAGAAUGUCCAGGUCCGUUUCUCCAACGACGAUCCCUCGACUUCCUACCUGCGGGGAGCAGGGCAGCGACAAGGAAGUUCCGCCGCGAAGCUCUCGGGCUCGAUGUCCCACAAUGCGGCCGACAAAGUCUAAGCCGGAGGCCAAAUGCCGGUCAGCAUUCCCUGCAAACAACUACAUGUCGGCAGUGCAAAGCCUGGACCCCCGGCCUCUGGAAGGGCUACACAACGAGCGGUCAUACCUUCUCUACGAGCUCCAGAAACAGGGCGAUCGCGCAACGAGACUUUUUGAACGGUACGCUGCCAUCGAGGCACGUCUCGCCGGCGCCCAAACAGCGGCCGAAACGAGGAAGUGCAAGAAGGAAGCCGCCUUGGUCAGAACCAAGAUCGCCGAGAGCACCCAGCAGGAGCAACUGAUCCUCCUCAGGCUGGGAGAGAUCCACGUUGAGCUGCAAAACAGAGACCGCUGGAUGCAGGUACACCAUCAACCAUUCGUACAGACACAAUCCGUGCUAGUGUAUCCGCUCCCUGCUCUUGCUCCCCUUCGGACCUCGGGCUCGAACCUGAGCGAAGCAUGUUGUCUCAGCCCCUGCCAGGAGCAGGACACGCCGGCCACGGAGCGGUCUACUGAAUACUUUACUUGCGGUUCGCGCUCGGGCUCCGUGCUGAGCCCGCUGUCGCCGUGCUUCACGCCCGGCGUGGCCUUUUCCGAGGAUAUCUGGUCAAGGGCCUCGAAGACGUCAGCCGAGAAGGAGGCAGAGGAUGGGUCUGCGCCUCCAGAGUCGGCUGAUGAGGCCGACGAAGGAAGUCAGCGGAGUCAGGAGGUCGGGAGGCAAGUGAGUCGGGAACCUGAGGGCGACCAAGUCAAGGGCGAAGCGUGCCACGAGGUGGAACAAUACAGUCCGGGCCACGAGGAGAACGACGACUGCACCCACUCUGAGGACUGGAACGCCGAGUUGGACGCGGGCCUCGAGGACAGUCAGAAUUGGCGGGCUAAGCUGCGGAGAGCCUCGUUCCACUUCCCAUGGAAGUUUCUCAAAGCAGAAGACAAGCGGAGGAGCUUGCCUUACGUGAAGAACAUGUGGUCCAAGUCUCGGAGGAGCAGUCUGCAUUCGGUCGGAUAAGGGCAGCCAAACAGAGAGCCAAAAAAGGCUCUUUAGGAUAUGGUUACACAGUCGGAUGGUCCUCAUCUCGAUUCAGCGUUCACCCUCUACACCAAGGGAGGGGUAUCU